CGCAAACACGCACGGAAUAUCAAGACAUCCAGGCUAUUUCAUACCUGAUCAUCACUGUUUACCUACUUUGGACGACUCUUAUCAGUUAGCGUUGCUUCUUCACCAACAUGGCGCUGUCUGAUCACAAGUAUCUCCUUUCGAGGCUUUAUAUCGAUGAGGAUCGAACACUGAAACAUGUGAUGGAGUAUAUGAAAGAGAAUCAUGGCAUUGACGCGAGCGAAGGCACCUACAAAAGGUUGUUUGCGAAAUGGGAAUUCCGCAAGAACAACAGGGGCAAAGAUUGGAUAUGGGUCAAUCGUCGCAUCGAAAAGCGAGCUGCUUUAGGCAAGAAGAGUAACGUUCUCAGAAAGGGAAAUCUACAAGAUCGCAACACGAUUCGAAAGGAGAUUGCACGACAUGUAACAACUUACGAGAAGGCACAAGCAGAAGUUGCUACACCCGAGACACCGGAGGAUUUCAUGAUUGUGACUCCAGCAGGAUCCACACCAGGCCAGUCGACACAAGAUACUCCAAUGGCAGACGGUAUUGAAGUGGUCUCAAGUGAAACCGAAGCAAGCCACCAAGAACUACUCGCCAAAAUCAUGGAAGACUGUGGGUCUUUCAUUUCUAUAUGGGCUGCUUCUGGCCUUUCUAUGGACCGUCACACGAUUCUUGCCUCAUACAAAACAGUCGCGGAGUGGAUUGUCACAGACACCUGGGAUUCAGCAUCACGCCCGGAUAUCGAGCGCCUACUUCCAAUUGUCGCUUCCGAUAUCCUUUACUCAACGUAUAGAAACGACCUGACACGCUUACAGCUUCAACUGGAGCGGCUUCCAAGAAAUAUAUCUACUGAUAUUAUUCGAACAGCAAUGUUCAUUGCCUCGGCACAAGGCUGCAUUGAUGUAGCAGAAGCUCUGUUUUCUCGUGGAGUAGAUAUUGACUCCCGAGAUUCGAAAGGUCAGACUUGCCUCCAUAUCGCCGCUAUUCACAACCACUUGAGCAUGGUGUCAUUCCUAAUCAACCACAAUGCGGAUGUCAACAAGAGGCGCAACGACGGGCAGAAAUUUUGGACUUUGGUUUGCGUACUCGCAAGCCAUGAAGAGAUCUCUCAUCUUUUGAUUGAGUCCGGUGCUCAUAAGCAUGUACUUGUCAAUGGUGUCAACUCUCUUUAUGUUGCCGCAGCUGGUGGCCAUGCACGUGAUGUGGAGCUUCUACUUCGCCAGGGUGUAAAUCCAUCGAUCAAAACUGCUUUUCUUUGGGAGCCGCUACAUUGGGCAGCCUCAAACGGCUUCUUAGAAGUCGUUAAGUUAUUGGUCGAAGCUGGCGUCAAUGUCAUUUGUGUGUCAGAUACGGGAGCCAGAGUUAAGAUUGUAGUCGGAAAUAGAUGGCCGACAUCAAAGGAUAUCUUGGAGCUGAUGAAGAUGCUUGAUGAGUUAACAGGUAUCUAGGGGCUCGAGCUGAACUCAUCCAAAUUAUGCCAAAGUCACAAUCAACGAUGACUAAGCCAACUUAUCUCCCCGCAUCAUCACGUUCUGGAAUUUGGAUGAUCUAAGAAAUAAUGUCCCGAUACUCCGCAUUC